CCAGUGGCUUUAGUCAAACGAUCAACAUGAAUGCCACCGGCUUACUUUUGCUGAUGGGACUGGCUUUGUGCCUGGAACUAUUCCUCUUGGGACCUACGAGCUGUGCUCCCCUGUCCGAAGAGCUGGAAGCGCCCUCGCCGAUCAAGGAAAUAGGCGGCUUAGCGGCGUUUGCCUACUCCCGCAAAAAACUGCCCAAGAAACAAGGCCAGAAAAACCUUAUAAUGCCUCUUUCGAAAAAUAUGACACGGCGCCAGCGUAUGGAAUAUGCCGACAACUGCGAGCCGCUGGGAAUGGUGUGCAAAUUUGCCGAACAGUGCUGCACCAGAGUAUGUAUGGUGGCCACAAAGCGGUGCUCCUAUGUCGGAAAUUCAUAGGAAUACAUUUUGUUGUUAGCCAUUAAUCCAUAGAUUAUAGCCAGAGGUGGAGCAGUUAAGUAAAUCCCUUUUAUUGUACGUUGUUCGCAAUGCCCACUGUAUCACAUUGUCAUCUACAUACAUACAUACAUACAUGUAUAUACAUAUAUUUACUUGCGGCCUUGCAGCCGCUCUCUCGAUCUGUCGAGCUUUGGUUAAGCUUCGCUUGCAUUAGGACACGCAGGGCCUUCGAUAGUUGCAUAUCGUCGUGGAAAAGCUCUUCGAUCCGACACCGUCUUGAAUCUGACCCCGUCUUCAAUCUGGCCCCGUCUUGAAUUGAGCUAUCAAAACACAAUAAAGUUCGCACAUUCUUAACUAAA